UUCGCACAGACGAAUAGCAAGUCCCAUGUUGAUAUUUUCAAGAAAUAGCCCGAAUUGAGUGACCUGUCGCUGCUACCAUCUCUGCUUGAAGCGAACGGGGAAAAGUUCCGAACAGGCUGCUUGCAGACCACCGAGCAUUCAAUCAAGCUGCUGAGGGAGAAAGCUCUACCGAACGAACUUCAUCCUAGCUUAUGUCUUCGCCUGGAAUGCUUUUCUAGGAUUUGGCCGUUUCGAGCUGGAAGAGAGUUGUGCGCAUCGCACACAACGAGUGUCAGCGUCGGGAUAAGUUUUCAAUCGUCGCGUCUGAGACUUCGCGAACCGUCCACGAUGAUAAAGCUUUAUCAAGCAAAGAAUUCUUCCAAAGAAGACUCCAAUAAAAAAACUUGCGCCGCGCAACUUAGGAUCAACAAAGACGUGAACGAGUUGGAGCUCCCUCCGGGCUGCCACAUCGAGUUCAGGGAUAAAAAUGAUUUUCUCAACUUCCGCAUAUCGAUCGCUCCUGAUCAGGGAUACUACAAAGGAGGCAGGUUCUGGUUCACCUUCAAAGUUCCGACAAAUUAUCCUCAUGAACCUCCUAAAGUCCGCUGUGAAACACGGGUUUACCAUCCAAACAUCGACUUAGCCGGAAAUGUCUGUCUGAAUAUCCUCCGUGAGGAUUGGAAACCCGUUCUGACAAUCCAGUCAGUUGUUCACGGUCUUUUGUUCCUUCUACUGGAUCCCAACCCUGACGAUCCGCUAAACAAAGAGGCCGCGCAAGUCCUGCAGGCGAAUAAAAAACUUUUCGAGCAGAAUGUGCGUCGCGCGAUGACAGGAACAUCUGUAAUAUACAAGUGAAGAGCAGAGCGUGAGAGCUGGUGCUUAAAAAUCUGACAUCGACGGUUCAAGCAUCAUUAUACAUAGAUCGAGAACCUAUGGAACGAAUGGGAAUAAAGUUUGGCAUGACAAGUAAAAACGAA